AAAAAAGUAUUAUGGUUAUUUUCAGUAGAACAUUAUUUUUUCUUAUUACGAUUUUUACGCUAUCAAUAAUUGUUACCUUUGCACAAGAACCUAUAGAAUACACUGAAAGUUUACCUGGUUUUCGUUUUGGAGGCUCAGAUACAUAUAAGGAUGGAACAAUCAUAUUACUUUUUACUCAAGGAAAUAAUCAAACAAAAUUUUUAGACACAAAAAUUCAUUUACGUAUUAUCUUUGUUAAUAGAACAAUUCUUCCUGUAGAGAUUAACUAUAACUCGCUUCCUGAUUUUAUUCCUCAAUGUAACUCUAUAAAUCCUCUUUUAUGUGCUACGACUUUAACACCAAAAGCAUUAAUAGAGAGAUAUGUUCUUAUAGAAUCCAGUCAAAAUGGAUCACCUCAUAAACAGAUAAUUAUUUCAUGGGAUGGAAUAAUAUAUGGAUUGUAAAAAUUCAUUUGAUGGGUCUGGAUACACGUUUUUUUUUACGGAUAUUGAUGGUUCUAAACCAGAUGUUAUAAAUUCACAAAAUUAUAAUUAUUUUCGAAUUCAUUUCUUAUCAAAUGGGGCAGUAUCUUUUAUUGAUACUAACUAUUUUGAUGUAAGAAAUACAACCGUUCUUGAUUAUUCUGCUACAGAAAUUAUACCAUUAUUCUAUGGUGGUUAUCUAGGAUUUAAUAGAUUAAACCCUAAUAAUAAAUUAAUUAUCACUUAUGAUGACAACAUUAAUAUUAAACAAACGUUAAAUUUAACAUAUAAUUUUAACAAAAAUGGGUUAAGUUCAUUUAUAAUGCAAAAACAAUCAUUACUCUGGUUUUUUAAUUAUGAUAAUAUUCAAACAUGGAAUAUAAAUUUUUACCCAUUGAAUUCAAUUGAAAUUACAGUGGAACCUAUCCAAAAAUAGAUGGAAAUGUUCAAAUUUUAAAUCAAAUUAAUCAAAUUAGGAAACCAUUUGAUUUUAUUAUAAAUUACAACAGACCGAUUAUACCAUCUAGUGAAAAUAUAAUUAUAUAUCAGUAUUUAAAUGAUAAUAAUGUUAUUUUAAGACAGAAAAUUCCUGGACAGUCUGAUCUUUGUCAAUUAAUUAAUGAUACAACUAUAUCCGU